UUGACAGGCUUUUGUAAAAGCAAAAGACCGGGAGAGAUCUCCAAAGACGAGCGCUAUUUAGUAUUUUGAAAUCAUCAAAUCCCCUAUCCAUUGACAAAAAAAUUAUUUUCUCCACUUGAAAAUGAAACUUUUGCCCAUUUGCACUUGGCUCCUAUGCCUUUUGCUUUUUAUCGUGUGCUUGGGAUCUGAGUGUGGGACUCCACGGCGAAUUUUAAGGUCUAAAAGAGACUUGGUACGCAUCAGGGAAGCCAGAAGUACCUUCCCAGGACCUUGUGCCACACGCCUGCCUCGGGGCAGACGCUCACUUCCCGGGAUAGAUCGGCGCUCCUCUCGCCUGUCACAGGCGGGGGAAAGCAGCCCAGGUCGGCGGAGGGCUGUUUACUUUACCGGUCGAGGAGACCAACUGCGUCUGAAACCCAAUGCAGAGGUGCCAAGGGGAAAUUUCACCCUGGAAAUGUGGAUAAAACCUGAGGGUGGGCAGCGCACUCCAGCUGUUAUCGGAGGUCUCUAUGAUAAAUGCUUCUACGCAUCCAGCGAUAGAGGAUGGUUACUUGGCAUCAAAGCAGUCAGCGAACAAGCCAACCGUGACCCUCGUGUCUUCUUCUCCCUCAAGACAGACCGAGCCCACAAGCUCACCACAAUCACCUCCAAUGCACCCUACACACCCAAUCAAUGGUCACACGUGGCCGUCACCUACAACGGUCUCUUUAUGAAGCUGUAUGUAAACGGGGCGCAGGUUGCUGUAAGUCGAGAUCAAUCCGGUGAGAUUUUUAGCCCCCUUACCAAGAAGUGCAAGGUGCUCAUGAUCGGUGGCAAUGCAUUAAACCACAACUACAGGGGAACAAUGGAACACUUGAGCUUGUGGCAUCGGGCUCUGAGCCAACGUGAGAUCAUUAGAUACAUGGGUCUCAGUUUGGGUCAGUUUGGUGACCUCUCUCAGCUGGUCGUCUAUGAGAACUUCGAGAGCAUGUCAAGACGGUGGCUGACGGUGAAAGAUGGCAGUUUCCCCCGGUUGGAGGACUCAGACCGGAGCCUGGCGGCUGUCCUCGGUGAUGCUGCACUGAAACCUCCACCUUGCGGACAGACCGUGUGUGACAAUGUGGAGGUGGUUACAAACUACUACCAGCUCUGGAGCUUCCGCAAACCCAAGACGGUGCGCUACCGAGUGAUAAACGUUUACGACGAUGACGGACGGUGGCCGAUGAUUACAGACCACCAGAUCAACCUUCAGCACCAGCACUUGAACAAUGCUUUCCGCGUCUACAACAUCUCCUGGGAGCGCACCAUUCACAACGUAUACAACUCAUCCUUACGUAACCGCCUAAUACUGGCCAACUGUGAUAUCAGCAAAGUGGGUGAUGAAGAGUGCGAUCCAGAAUGUAACCACACUCUUACUGGCUUUGACGCCGGAUACUGUAAGAGGCAGGGCGCACGCUGCCCCGAAUACAAGCAGGGGAACGGGGUUUGUGACCCAGAGUGUAACUGGGACAAUUUCUAUUACGAUCAUGGGGACUGCUGCAACCCCAACAUCACUGAUGUCACCAAGACCUGCUUUAAUCCUGCAUCACCCCACAGGGCUUACAUGAACGUGAAAGAGCUGAAAGAGGUUUUGAAUUUGGAUGGAUCCACGCACUUGAACAUCUUCUUUGCUAACUCAUCUGAUGAAGACGUGGCUGGUGUGGGCACUUGGCCCUGGGAUAAAGAAGCUUUGACACAUUUAGGUGGGAUUGUAUUAAACCCUUUAUUUUAUGGUACAUUUGGCCACACUCACACCAUGAUCCAUGAGAUUGGCCACAGCCUUGGACUGUACCAUGUCUUCAGGGGAAUCUCAGAGGUGGAGUCCUGUAACGAUGCCUGCUUAGAGACUGAGCCGUCUCUUGAGACGGGGGAUCUGUGUGUAGAUACAAAUCCCACACCCAAGUACAAGUACUGCAGAGAUCCUGAGCCAGGCAACGACACCUGCGGCAGAUGUCAUUUCACAAACACCCCCUUCAACAAUUACAUGAGCUAUGCUGAUGAUGACUGCACAGAUUCCUUCACGCUGAACCAGGUGGCCCGGAUGCACUGUUACCUGGAUCUGAUCUACCAGUCUUGGAGACCUGGCAGUAAACCAGCUCCUGUUCCUCUACCUCCUCGAGUAACAGCACAGGACCAAGACUCUACUACACUAGAGUGGUUCCCUGCCCUCACCGGCCAUUACUUAGACAGAGAAGUGGGAUCAGUUUGUGACAGAUGUACUGAAGUUGGGGUGCUCCUACAGUAUGCCUCGAAUUCUUCUUCUCCCAGACCCUGCUCUCCCUCCGGCCACUGGAGUCCUCGUGAAGCAGAAGGUCCACCAGAUGUAGAGCAGGCCUGUGAAGCGAGCGUCAGCACUUGGAGCCCCAACGCCGGCCUAGACUCGAGUAGUGUUGGCUCAGCAUCUUGCCCACCCCAGGGCUGUAUGCUGCAGCUCGAGUUUGCCUAUCCGCUGGUGCCUGACUCCCUCACUGUUUGGGUCACUUUCUUCUCUCCAGAGGAGACUGGACUGCCUGCAAUCCACGACAUCCUUCUGCUGACCCUCAGUGGUAACAACAUCUCGCUGGGCCCACAGUAUGUGUUCUGUGACACACCGUUGACACUUAAGCUAGAUGUGAAGGAGGAGGUGUAUGGGGUGCAGUUCUUCACCAUGGAGCAGCACUUGGAAAUCGACGCCACAUUGCUUGCCUCAAAGCCAGACAAUCCUCUGUGCAGAUCGAGUCAUCCUCUACGCUAUAGACUGGUUCGACAGCCACCAUUCACACAUUCACCAUAUGGGCUGAUCCUUCAGGAACCCACUCUGAGAUAUGUGGACAGGGACUUAAAGCCUGAUGAGACGUACACCUACCACGUGCUGACAGUGUCUAGAAGAGCGGAGAGUGAACCAUCUCCUCCUCUCUCUCACCAGCUGGGCUCACCCUACUGUGGAGAUGGACUCAUCCAAAAAUAUCUUGGAGAGCAAUGUGAUGACAUGAACUUUGCUAAUGGAGAUGGCUGCUCAAACCAGUGCAAGAAAGAGCUGUUGUUCAACUGUGUUGAUGAGCCCAGCUUAUGUUACUUCUACGAUGGUGAUGGUGUGUGUGAGGACUUUGAGCGGGAGGUGAGCAUAAGGGACUGUGGUCUCUAUACUCCGAGCGGCUUCCUGGAUCAGUGGGCCACUGCGGUGGAGGUGUCCAAUGAGGAGAAGAUACACUGUCCAGCGGAGGUGGCUGUUGGAUAUCCUGCAGUGACAAAGAGCUGUCAGUCGAAGGUGUUUGACCUGUCACAUGGCGUGUCUCAGUAUGCUUGGUUUCCCUGUGAGGAGUCUCAGCAGCACAGCUGGAUUUCACAAUAUUGGUUGAAGGCCUAUUAUGCCCAUCCUAUGGUGGCUGCCGCGGUCAUUAUCCACCUGGCUGCAGACGGAACAGCCGACAUCGACCAGAGACAACACAACAUUACUAUUCAGCUGGUGGACACUAAGGAGCAAACCCACCCUCUCGGGGACUGGAGGCUGAGCUGCCGGAACAAUCCAUUGGUGAUUCCUGUGAGUCAUGACCUGAGCGUGGCUUUCUACCGGACAAAAGCCAUUAUAGUGAGCUUCAGCUCUCCUCUGGUGGCCAUCUCAGGUGUUGGGCUGCGCUCCUUUCAAUAUUUUGACCCCAUCACUAUCAGCGGAUGCCAGAGCAAUGAAAUCUAUAACCCCAUGGGCCAAAGUUGCGUUCAUUACUCAUGUGACGCCAUUGAAUGUCAGAAGCCAAUGGUCAGUAAUGCAGAGAUGAAGUGCAAUAGUCCUGGAUACUUCAAUGGAGCUCGCUGUACUAUCACCUGCAACCGAGGAUAUACACUGAAGAUACAGCGAGAUGACGAUAUCAUUAAAACACAGUCUGAAUCCACGGUGAUCCUCACCUGUGCGGAUGGGAAAUGGAACAAGCAGGUGACCUGUGAACCUGUGGACUGCGGGCGGCCUGACAAGUACCACGUGCACCCGGCUAUCUUUGAGUUCUCUGAAGGAACCACCUACGGCAAGAAGUGCACUUUUCAGUGCCGGGAGCCGGCUCAGUUAGUGGGAAGUAAUAACGUGCUGACGUGUAUGGAGGAUGGCAUGUGGUCCUUCCCCGAGGCUCUGUGUGAGCUGCGCUGUCCGGUCCCUCCUCCUGUACCCAACGCUGUCCUGCAGACCAAACGCUGCAAUGCCACAGGCCUCAAAGUUGGGUCUUUCUGCAAGUACAAGUGCAAGCCUGGCUACCAUGUGCCCCACAUAAACAAGCCCAAGAGGGCAGUGCCUGUGAUGUACCACAGGCGUGCGUUUAAGCGGCAGUGUACGGAGGAUGGAACCUGGCAGUCGGGUGAGUGUGUGGCAGUCACAUGUGAGCCGCCUCCUCCCAUUUUCCACGGUACCUACAAGUGCACAAAUGGCUUUCAGUUCAACAGCGACUGCUGGAUCGACUGCAACAGGGCUAACCACACGGGUCCUUCCACCAACGUGAUCCGCUGCAGAAAGGACGGGAACUGGACCGGUUCUUUCCGUCUUUGCCCCAACCUGACAGGCCAGUGUUCCCUUCCACAAAAUCUCAGCCCAACUAUCCAUCUCAACUGCAAGGACGGACACGGCAUAGGAAAGGAGUGUGAGGUGGCGUGUAGAGAUGCUAGCAGCAGUGUGGUCCUCCUGCCCAGCAACACGAGCGUUGCAGCUGUGAUGAAAGACCACUGGUGGAACCCACCCAAAGUUAAGAAUAUUGUGUGCACCAUGGGACUAAAGUGGUAUCCUAACCCAGAGGCCCUCCACUGUAUUAAGGGAUGCGAGCCGUUUAUGGGUGAUAAUUACUGUGACGCCAUCAACAACCGAGCGUUCUGCAACUACGAUGGUGGAGACUGCUGCCAUUCUACUGUUAAAACCAAAAAGGUUUUGGAGUCAGUCACGGCAUCUUUCAGCUAUGAGUGA